GAUCGGAAGGGACUCCUAUUUUUGGAGCUGGUGGUAAUGGACGGCAAUUCCUACCGUCCCGACUGAAGAGCGCCGCCGUUCACUACAGACCCCUCGUGCGAUCCCCUCUCCUGAUCAGAAACGCGCGGCUAUAGCUUUUGCCGGCCUGAGAACACAUCGCGGAUUCGGCUGAACGACGAACCGUAUCCCUUGCCAUGAAGCAUCCGGCGUCCAUCUCUCUCGUCCUCGUCCUCGUCCUCAUCGUGGUCGCGACAGCGUCUGCUGCCGCCAUGGCCGGCGGCGCGGCCAAUUACCUCGUCUACGUCGACCCCCACCCCCCGGGCGUCGACUGCCAGAAGUACCAGCUCGGCAUCCUCGCCGCCGCCCUCGGCGGUGAGGAGAAGGCGAAGGCGGCGAUGGUGUACAACUACAGGAACGUCAUGAGCGGGUUCUCGGCGAGGCUGACGCCGUCGGAGCUGGAGGCGGUCAAGAAGCAACCUCAAGUGAACCGGGUGCUGCCGAGCUCGACGCUAUCGCUGAUGAGCAGCAACUUCGACGGCGUCAGCUAAUUUCAAUCUCUUCCAUCGCCAAACAUAAAGAGAAGCACCUCGACUUCUCUUGUAGGCACCGAUGAUAUUUGCUGGCUUUAUAUGUGUCGACAAUCACAUUGAAUUUAUAAUCGUGUUGGGAUUUA